AUGACGAUCUGUACUUAUAACGCACUUACGCUCGCAUCGGAAGCGGCCAUCGAAGAUCUGAUGAUGCAAACCAGGAAGAUUAAGAAGAUUAAGAUUAGAAGAACAUGCGACAGUAGAGGUUUUGGUGGAGUUGGCGUCCUCGUCAACACGAAUAUGGCAAAGAACAUCGACUCUUUUGAACAACUUACGAUCCGAAUCGGACUUCUGCGGAUGAGAAGGUGUGGUCCAACACCAGCUUUGACUAUCUUCGUCGCUUACGCUCCAACAUCAAGCUACGAUGAAGAAGAAACCGAAGCUUUCUAUAUGGACCUGGAGAAGUUCUACCGAGAAGAUCAUGCCUUCUACAAGGUCAUAAUUGGCGAUUUCAACGCUAAACUUGGCCUAAGAAGAACUCCUGAGGAACUUUACAUCGGGAUCCACGGCCUACAAUGGAAUGAACAGGGGAGAGGCUCUCCGAGUUCCGCUGACGGCUAA